UUUACGGAGCGUUCUCCUGCCCCCUCUCGUACUAGAACCUUAGCUCCUAUUUCUUUAAUACCCUGUCUUAAUCUCAGGCUUAAACCUUGUCUAGUCCGUUGCACUCACUGCAAAAGCCGACCCAUGGUGCCCGUCACCCAAGAUGGCUCUUGGACAGCUCUUUGAACGAGACGAUGCCAAUUCUAUUGACAGGACAGUGCAAAAAUGGAACACAGUAACCCAGUCACUAUGCAUCGCUGCAAUGACUCUGUUCUUCCUACUGCGUGUAUACACCCGGGUCUUCCUUCUCAAUGGCUUUAACAAAGAAGACUGGACCUGUCUAGGUGCUUGGCUCCUUGGAAUCAGCUACUCUGUCAUUGCGCUCAUCAUGGGCGCACAUGGAGGGGGUCUGCACAUUGACGAUGUAUCCCCGGAGGACCAGAUUGUCUUCCAAAAAACCGUCUACGUAACCAUGGUGAUGUACGGACCAACCGCAUACCUGACCAAAGUCUCGCUCCUGUGGAUCAUGACCCGAGUGUUCAGCCCAUUCCGCAAAGCCGUGACCUUCAUCUACAUCUUCCUUGGUAUCAUGUUGGCCUACUACAUUCCCGCCGUGAUUGUCAAGAUCCGAAUCUGCGACCCGAUCUCCAAAUUCUGGACACCAGAUCAGCCAGGCUCAUGUCUCAAUCAGCGUGCCAUCAUCAUGGCCGACGCGGUCGUCAGCGUGGUCAGCGACCUCAUCAUCCUCCUUGUUCCGCUACCGUUAACCCUGGGUCUGCAACUCCCAACGAAGAAGAAGAUGCGAGUCAUGGGUAUUCUCGGUGCAGGAGGUCUCGCCGUUGCAUCGAGCAUCAUUCGACUUAUAUUGAUCGUUUACACGGGCCAGUCGAAGGAUGGCACCAUGGCAUUCAUGCGGAUUAACAUGUUCGGAAAUGCCGAAAUCGCCAUCGGCGUCAUCUGCGCCUGUCUCCCUGCCCUCUCCGCGAUCCUCUCCCGCGUCUACCACGAAUACUCCAGCAACAAAGCCACCGGUGGGACCUCGGGCCACGAGCUAAGCAAGAUGAAAAACCAAAGCCGUAGCUUGAAAACCGACAAAAGCCGAAGCCGCAUGAGUUAUCUGGAGACGACGACCUCGGACCAGGACGUUCUGAUGCAUAAUGCGCAAAGCGAGCCGAAGGUUGAAACGACCGUUCACGGGGACCGCAAUUACUAUGGAGGAGAGAACCCUGGUGGAUCGCUCGCCAUCUUCAAGACGGUCGAUGUUGAGACUUCCGUGUCGAGGCGGGAGUGAGGCUUUUUCCUUGUCUGGAUUAUGAGGAUGAAAAAGUUGUGAGCGUAUUGGGCGUAUCUGGGUUUGCUACUUUGUUAGAGAUUCGAUGGCUUGGUUUUCCAGGCGUUUACGAUAUUUACUGUAAUGAUCUGGUAUAUGUACUAUAUCUAGUUAAUUUAAUGAUAUUGGAUACCCAUGUA